AUGGCAGAGAUCAAGGCUGAUGUGGAAUCUUCAAAGCUGGAUCUGCCGAUUGGCAGGGCCACGAAGCGCUCCCUUUGCACAAGCAUCUCUCUGUUUCUCCUCUCUGUUGCUGCUUUACCACGAUUCCUCUCAAGGCUUUUUUCAUUUUUCUGGCGGUGGUGGCUACUUUCGGUCUCCGUCGGUGGUGCAGUGCUGGAAUUUUCGAGUCCCUGGACUGCGAAAUUGGUUAUUGUUCGUGAUCAGUACGACUUUCUCCCAGCUUACGGCCGGGCUUUGAUAAGGAAGAACAAUCCUGAUAUUAUAUUUUUGUUUGAAACAAAGACUGCAUCUUCAACAGCUAGUUCUUUAUUGAUUCAGCUUGGUUACAGUAUGAAUGUUCAGGCUCCUCCCUCUGGCUCUCGAGGGGGUCUUUUUCUUGCCUGGAAAAAUGAUAUUACCCUUUCUGAUUUCUAUGUAUCUCAUGAUAUGAUCUGUGCUUGGUGUUCCUCAGACGCCCCUUCUGUAAAAUGGUUGAUUUCGUUUGUUUAUGGACCCCCUUAUCAGAAAUCCUAUUCUGAUUUCUGGACCACUCUAGCUGUUUUCGAAGAUAAUUGUGAUUUUCCCUGGCUUUGUAUUGGUGAUUUUAAUGCUAUAACUGCUCAACAUGACAAAUUGGGCGGUAGACCUUUACCAAUGUUCUCCAGGAAUACUUUUAGCUCUUUUAUGAAUCAGUUUGGUAUGAUUGACCUGGGUUUUUCUGAUAGGAAUUCUAUUGGUGAUUGUUUUGUUUCAAAUUUCAAGCAUCUUUUUGCCUCCACAAAUCCUACUGCUAACAAUGAGUUAUUAGAUCUUUUUCACUGCUCUGUCUCUGCUGAAGAAAAUAGUAUGUUAUGUGCUAUUCCGACUGAAACUAAAAUUCAUGCUGCUCUUGCCAGCUUGGGUGCCUCUAAGGCUCUUGGCCCUGAUGGUUUUACAGCUCUUUUUUACAUGAAAUAUUGGGAUAGUAUUAAACUGACUGUUCUUCAAGCUGUCUGGAAUUUUUUCAGGAAUAAUCAUCUGUUUAAGGAACAGAAUCACACUUUCAUAGCAUUAAUUCCAAAGAAGUUGGGUGCCUCCUCGGUGCAUCACUUCCGCCCCAUCAGCCUUUGUAAUAUUAUUUACAAGAUCAUCUCAAAGCUGCUUGCAAAUAAGCUGAAGCCUCUCCUCAACAAUAUUAUCUCUCCAUUUCAGACAGCCUUUGUUCCUAAUUGCCAUAUUCAGGACAAUUCUAUACUGGCUCAUGAAAUGCUCCACACUCUCAAAUCCAAAAGGGGUAGAGGGGGCCUAAUGGCUAUUAACAUUGAUAUGGAAAAAACUUUUGACAAGAUGGAAUGGUCUUUUCUGCUAGCUAUUCUUACGAAACUUAGAUUUCAUCCCACCUGGAUCAACUGGAUCAGGCUCUGCAUUUCGACCUCUUCCUUUUCGGUUCUUCUGAAUGGCAGCCCUUUUGGUUUGUUUUCCCCAUCUAGGGGUCUUCGUCAAGGUGAUCCCCUAUCCCCAUUUCUCUUUAUUAUUGGCACUGAAGUUCUCUCCCGACUGUUUCAUCAACGUCUUCGUGGUUUCAAAAUAGCUAGAUCUUGUUUUCCCUUAAACCAUCUUUUAUUUGUUGACGAUCUUGUUAUUUUCACCACUGCCACCUCUAGUGAAGCAAUUAUUAUUAAGGAGUGCCUCAACAAAUAUAGCUUUUGGUCGGGACAGACUGUCAAUGCUAGUAAAUCCAAUAUCCUUUUUAGCAAGAACACAGCUGCUUCCACUAUUUUGGCUAUCAGAAACUUUCUCCCUUACCAAACCACCCCAGCUACUGCUAAACACCUUGGGCUCCGUAUCCUGUAUGGAAAUUCUAAAAAAGCUGUUUUCUCAGAUAUCUUAGAUAAGGUAAAUGGGAAAAUCGAUGGUUGGAGAUCCAAAACUCUGUCACAAGCUGGUAAAACUACUUUGAUUAAAACCGUGGUCUCUGCUAUUCCUUCCUAUGCCAUGAGUUCUUUUCUGUUCCCAGAUGGUUUCUGUAAACAAUUGGACAGGGCUUUUAAAAAUUUCUGGUGGGGUUUCCCAAAGGACAAAGCCCGCAAUCUCUCACUUAAAUCUUGGGCUUCUUUAUGUUUGCCAAAAGAUCAAGGUGGCCUUGGAUUCAGACUUAUGAAAGAUGUGAAUUUAUCUCUGAUUUCGAAACUGGGUUGGAAAAUGCUCUCAAACCACAACAGCUUAUGGGUUUCUCUUUUUCAGAAUAAGUACAUCAGGUAUGGUAAUUUCUUAUCCUCUCCUUUUACAUCUGGUUCCUGGAUUUGGAAUGGCAUCAAGGCUACUCUCCCUAUCAUUUCUGCUGGAGCUUGUUUUAUUCCUCAUAAUCACUCAUGUCUCCCUAUAUGGUCUACACCAUGGAUUCCAACAUUACCUUCUUUUACGCCUAUACCAAGAUUGGCUUCUAUCCCCUCUAAUCACCCUUUAGCCAUUUCUGAUCUUAUUCAUUCUCCUACCAUGUCCUGGAAGCUAAAUCUCUUGCAUUUCUUGUUCGACCCCACUACCACCUCUGAAAUUUUAAAAAUUCAGAUUCGUACCCACUUUGACUCCCUUCUCUGGUCCCCUUCAACCACUGGUGUUUUCUCAACCAAAUCUACACAUCACCUCAUUAGCUCCUUCUCCCCUUCCACUCCCUCACCUCUCCCCAAAUCUUGUUGGACAGCUCUCUGGAAGCUUAAGCUGAAUCAUCGUUUAAAACUAUUUCUUUGGAAGAUGGUUUGGAAUAUUAUCCCCACAAAAUUUCGUAUUUCUCAAUCCAUCCCUGCUUCCCUAUCAGACACUAGUUGCUCCCUUUGCUCUUAUCCAACAGACUCCAUUUUUCAUCUCUUUUUCACUUGUCCCAUUGCUCGUGUGGUUUGGCGCCAAUCUUUUUGGCCUUUGGAUACAAUUGCUUUAAAUGUUACUAACAUGACAGAUUGGCUCCUUAUUAUUCUUCACCCACACCGUAUGCUUGGAGUCCCUCCAGCAGAGACUCAUAGGUUUCAAAUAUUUGCUACUGUUGCUUGUGAUUACCUUUGGUUUACCAGGAAUAAAGCUUAUCAUGAUGACAUUAUCCCGAAUGCUCUUCUUAUAUCAACUACUAUCAACAAGACAGCCAAGGAACACUUUUCAGCGUGGAAAACCAAAUAUGAUAAAACUCCUGAAGUCUGGAAGAGUCCCUCUCCUCCAUUUUUCAAGAUCAACUAUGAUACUGCUAUCAGGCCUACUUUUUCUGCUCAAGCUGCAGUCUGUAGAGAUUCCACUGAUUCUAUACUCAAGUGUUCCUCCAUCAUUCGCCCUCCUUGUUCUGCUCUUUAUGGUGAGGCUACUGCUGCUCUUCUGGCUGCUCAUUUGCCAGUUUCGUUAAGGUUACCCUCUUUUAUCUUAGAGGGUGAUUCUCUCAAUGUUACAAUGGCGCUUCAACAACCAGCAAUUACUAUUGAUUGGCGCAUUGCUUCCACCAUUUCCAUCAUUUACUCCAUCAUCCCACCAACAGCUAGCUGGAAAGCUAGUCAUGUAAACUGA